CAAUAAGAUCUUUUAAACACAAUUAUUCAAGAUUCAAUCAUAUUUUUAUUUUAUUCUAAUUUUAUUUGAAUAGUCUAUUUGAAACAAAAUUUUAGGUUACAUUUGUUCUUACUCAUGCAUAUAUGUUUAUACUACUGGUACAAAAAGUAGUAUUUAUUUUUAAGUAUUAUAUUGCAAAUGUAAAUAGAAAUUCAACCAAUUUUAUCGUGAAGUAAAAUAGUUUAUUUAUGUAAAAAUAAAAAUCAUGGUUCAGUGUACAGAGUUUCAAGCAGUUGUUCUUGCUGGAGGAAAAGGUUCUCGUAUGAUUGAUGUGACUGCUGGAAAGCCAAAAUGUUUACUACCAAUAGCAAAUAUGCCAAUGAUAUGGUAUCCUCUUAGGUUGUUGGAACAAUCAGGUUUUACAGAUGCGAUUAUUAUAACAUCUGAAAGUGCUAAAGGAGAUAUUAGUGCUACACUUGAUAAGCUUGGUUUAUCUAUCAAACCAGAAGUUAUUGGAAUACCUGAUGCAGAAGACAUUGGUACUGCAGACUCCAUUAGAUUCAUUCAUGACAAAAUUAGUUCAGAUUUAGUUGUUCUUUCAUCGGAUCUUAUUGCAAAUAUUGAUAUAUCUGACACUAUAAAAAUGUAUAGAAAAAAUAGUGCAAGUAUUACAGCAUUGUUUUUACAAACACCUAAGCCACCUGAAGAUUUUAUGCAACCUGGACCAAAAAGCAAAGACAAACAAGAACGUGAUUUAAUUGGAAUUGAUAAUGAAACUAGUCGCAUGGUGUUCUUAGCAUCAGCUUCUGAUUUUGAAGAAUCUUUAAAAAUGUCAACUAAAUUAAUAAGGAAACACUCAAAUUUUACAAUUCACUCCAAAUUAUUAGAUGCCCACUUGUACAUAAUCAACAAGUGGGUUGUCAAUUUUCUAGUUCAUCACAAGAAGCAUAGUUCAUUAAAGGGAGAAGUUCUACCAUAUGUUGUUAAAAAACAAUUAAACAAACCUAAAACUAUUAUAGAAGAUAAAAAUGCUUCUGUUAUUAAAAUGGAUAUAAAAAAAGAUAUUUUCCGAUUUGUGGAAGAAAAUCCAAUUAUGAUUGCAGAAAAGAAUGCAAAUGAAUUGAUAAGAGAGAUGUCAUCCUUUAAUGAUCACAGUACAGACUUGGAUGAUGCAUAUCAUAAUGAUAUUAUUAGGUGUUAUGCUCACAUUAUCAACGGAAAAUAUGGUCUACGAGCAAAUACAGUACAAACAUACAGCUUAGCAAAUGCAAUGGUGCACGAUUGGUAUGAACUGAAAACAGAAGGAGAUUUAGAAGGUUCAAGUAUCUCCCCAAAUGCUACAGUGAAAAGCACACAAAUUCAAAAUUGUAGAAUUGAUGAAAAUGCAAUUAUUAGUGAAAAAACUUCUUUGAAACAAAGUUAUGUUAGUAAUAAUGUCACCAUUGAGCCAAAAACUCGGAUAUCAAAAAGUAUUAUUAUGAAUAAUGUAACUAUAAAAGAAAAAUGUGUAAUUGAAAAUUGCAUAUUAUGCAAUGGUUGUGUUAUUGAAGAAAAUACUGAGUUAAAAGAUUGUAUAGUUGGAGCACAACACAUAGUAUCAUUAGGUCAUUAUACUCAAGAAGUCUUAACUGAUAUUGAUAGGCUAAUGGAAAUUUAAUAAAAAAUAGGACAUUAGGUAAUUUUGAUAAUAUUAAAACCCUGAAUAUGGUCUAUUGUUCUUGUAUAUAAUUUUAAAUCAACUUACAAGAAUAUAAUUGUGUAAGAAUAUAAUUAUUGUAUCAAAAAUAAAAUUUGUUUUUAAAACAUAAUGAAAAUGAAUAAAUAUUAUUCAUUGUUACAAUAUAAUAAUGAUAAAUUUGAC